CACGGCUCUGUCUCAGUCUCGUCAGCCAUUGGAUGGCAUGUCGUUUGUCAUUGUUGGCAGCCAUUUCAGUAAAGACAAAAAUGCUAUGAAAAAUAAAAUAAAAGAAUUGGGUGGAAAAGUAACUACAAAAGUCGAUAAAACUACUACAGCUGUUAUAACUACAAAAGACCUUAUUGGAGGCACAGACAAGAAAAUUGAUACUGCAAAGACAUUAAAUGUGCACUGUGUGAGUGAAGAUUUCUUGGAUGAAGUGGACAGUGGGGGUGCUUUGCUGAUGAUCGAGAAGAAGAGCAUUGCUCCAUGGGGUGGUAAUCUUGAGGAUAAGGUUCAUAGUGGCAAGUCUUCAACAAAAUCAUCGACACUUGAUUCGCGUUAUGUUAAAAGUAUGCCAGAGAAGCAGAAAAUAAAACUGAAGGGUGGUGCUGCAGUGGAUCCAGACUCAGGGUUGGAGGACUCUGCUCAUGUGUAUCAGCGUGGAGGCAAGUUGUACAAUAGUGUUCUUGGCAUGGUUAAUGUAGUAAAAGGAACAAACUCCUACUACAAGUUGCAGGUUCUGGAGAACGAUGAUAAAAGGAGAUGGUGGGUAUUCCGUUCAUGGGGUCGAAUUGGUACAACUAUUGGCAACAACAAGCUAGAGGAAUUUGAGGAUCUCAAUGAUGCCAUCAGUCAAUUUCAAGGACUUUAUGAGGAGAAAACUGGCAACCAGUUCACUGCGAGUGAGUUCAAGAAAAAGCCAUCAUUUUGGUAUCCCCUGGAUAUUGAUUAUGGCCAGGAUGAGAUUGAGCCGAAGCUUCAGGUAGCAGGGUCAAAAAGCAAAUUGCCAAAAUCCAUACAAGAACUGGUGGCACUUAUCUUUGAUGUAGGUACAAUGAAAAAGUCAAUGUUGGAAUUUGAGAUUGAUGUGAAGAAAAUGCCAUUGGGAAAACUAAGUAAGAAGCAGAUUCAGGAUGCAUAUAAAGUUCUCUCAGAGGCUCUGGAGUUAAUCCAGAAGCUGGAGAAGAAGCCUGAUGGAGAAGCAUCAGAUUCUUCUGCUCAACUAAUUAAAACUCAGCUUUUGGAUUGUUCUAACAGAUUCUAUACUCUGAUUCCACAUGAUUUUGGCAUGAAAAAACCACCUCUUCUUGAUGAUGUGGAACUAAUAAAGACGAAGAUUGGCAUGCUAGAUAACCUCAGUGAGAUUGAGGUGGCAUAUAGCCUUCUUAAAUCUGAGGGUAAUGAUGACAAAGAUGCUGAUCCAAUUGAUAAACAUUACCACAAGUUGAAGACGAAGGUGAAUGAAGUAGACAAGAAGGGUAAAGAAUACAAAAUGAUUCAAGACUAUGUGUCUAACACACAUGCAACAACACAUUCACAUUACAAACUGAUUGUUGAGGAGGUAUUCAAAAUUGAGAGGGAAGGUGAGAAGAAACGCUAUAAACCAUUUAAACAGCUCCACAACCGAAAACUCCUGUGGCAUGGCUCCAGGCUUACAAACUUUGCUGGAAUUCUUUCUCAGGGUCUUCGUAUUGCUCCUCCUGAGGCUCCUGUUACUGGUUAUAUGUUUGGCAAAGGUGUAUAUUUUGCUGACAUGGUGUCCAAGUCAGCAAACUACUGUUCUACAUCACAGAGUAAUCCUACUGGCCUUAUAUUACUAUGUGAAGUUGCAUUGGGUGAAAUGUAUGAAAGAACUCAAGCCGAGUAUGUUGAAAAGCUUCCUAAGGGUAAGCACAGUACAAAGGGUAUGGGUCGCAAUUGCCCAGACCCUAGCCAGGCUCUCGUACUUGAGGAUGGUGUAGAAGUGCCUCUGGGUAAAGGUGUUCCAUCAAAUGUUAAAAAUUCAUCAUUGUUAUACAAUGAAUACAUUGUUUAUGAUGUUGCUCAAAUUAAUGCUAAGUAUCUUCUCAAACUUAACUUUAAGUAUAAGUAUUAAUAUGUUAUUUUAAUUCAGUUGGGCACUAGUUUUCAUUGCACACACACACACACACACACACGCACACACGCACACGCACACACGCACACACACGCACACACUCUCACUCACACACACUCACACACUCUUUAAUUAGAAGUGAGAAGUAGUUUCACACUUAAUACAUAUAUGCAUGAGAACUAAUUUUUAAAAUUUAUCAGAAUGAACUUGCUCCAAGAGUAUUUACCAGAGCAUUAAAACUAUUUUUGGUAGUACAGUAUAAAUGCUUAAUGUUGAAAAAUCAUGCGAGAAGCAUGACUAAUGGUAAAGUUUAGAUUUUAUCAUUUGUUUGGUUUGCAGCGUUAAAUGUUCAACUACAUUUUAAUAUUGUAAUAAAAAUGGUACACACAAAUGUUAGCAACUAUAAAAUGUGCAGCUUUCAACUUUAUCUGGCAGUAAUUAAAAUAAGUUAUCUGCAGAAUUAUGUCCAUAACUUGUUAAUGAAAGAAUGUAAUUUCUUUGUUUACGUGUGUAUGUUAUUAAAAAUGUUAAAACAGA